CGGCGGAGCGGCGCCGGGCGCGGAGGAGCCGAGGGACCGGGCCGAGCGGCGGCGGCCGAGGUCCUUCAUGAUGAAAGAUUUGGGGGCAUUCCUCUCUCCUCUGUGUAGUUGAUAGUUUGGGUGGUGAAGAGAUGGCCGACAGUGUCAAAACCUUCCUGCAGGACCUAGCCAGGGGUAUCAAAGAUUCGAUCUGGGGUAUCUGCACCAUCUCAAAGCUAGAUGCUCGAAUCCAGCAAAAGAGAGAAGAACAACGUCGAAGAAGGGCAAGCAGUGUCCUGGCACAGAGGAGAGCCCAGAGUGUAGAACGGAAGCAGGAGAGUGAGCCACGGAUCGUCAGUAGAAUAUUCCAGUGCUGUGCUUGGAAUGGCGGAGUGUUUUGGUUCAGUCUCCUCUUGUUCUAUCGAGUGUUUAUCCCAGUGCUUCAGUCAGUAACAGCUCGCAUCAUUGGUGAUCCAUCAUUGCAUGGAGAUGUUUGGUCAUGGUUGGAAUUCUUCCUCACGUCAGUUUUCAGUGCUCUGUGGGUGCUCCCCCUGUUCGUGCUCAGCAAAGUUGUGAAUGCCAUUUGGUUUCAGGAUAUAGCUGAUUUGGCAUUUGAGGUGUCAGGGAGGAAGCCUCACCCCUUCCCUAGUGUGAGCAAAAUCAUUGCUGACAUGCUCUUCAACCUUUUGCUGCAGGCUCUUUUCCUCAUCCAGGGGAUGUUUGUGAGUCUCUUUCCCAUUCAUCUUGUUGGCCAGCUGGUUAGUCUCCUGCACAUGUCCCUUCUCUACUCCCUGUACUGCUUUGAAUAUCGUUGGUUCAAUAAAGGAAUUGAAAUGCACCAGCGGUUGUCAAACAUAGAAAGGAACUGGCCUUACUACUUUGGGUUUGGCUUACCCUUGGCUUUUCUCACAGCAAUGCAGUCCUCAUACAUCAUCAGUGGAUGCCUCUUUUCCAUCCUGUUCCCUUUAUUCAUUAUCAGCGCUAAUGAAGCAAAGACCCCUGGAAAAGCAUAUCUUUUCCAGUUGCGCCUCUUCUCCCUGGUGGUCUUCUUAAGCAACAGACUCUUCCACAAGACAGUCUACCUGCAGUCUGCGCUGAGCAGCUCCACCUCUGCAGAGAAGUUCCCUUCACCACAUGCGUCUCCUGCCAAACUGAAGGCUGCUGCAGGCCACUGAGUCGCCUGCCAUCAGAGGGGCUGGGUGGGAUUGGAAGGAGGCUGUGGCAGCUUUCUCUAAUCUCUGACACCACCACGCCUCACCUUGCCCUAUAGCCCCCAACUGGGGAAGGCAGGACUCGCUCUGCCAAGGGCCCUCUGCAUAUUCCCUUCUGAGGAAUUGGAAGUUUUGCCUUUGGUGCACGUAAAGCAGCAUCUUCUUGACACCAGUAUGGAUUUUUAACACCUCCGUGAGUCUGAAAGGACCACAGGUUUUCUGCAGCUAUUUUCUAGCAUUUUGCCAGCCGCUGCGCCAGGACUGGUUUGACUCCUUUGUUUUCUCCCUGUGCCAUGGCCCCUCCCACCUCUCCUUCCUACCUUCUGCCACCCUUGGAUGAAUGGGUUUUGUAAUUGUAGCUGUUGUGUUUUGUGGAUUUGUUAUUUUUGUUGUUUUUCUGUGAAGCACAUUCAUCAAAUGGGGGGGCUAAAGGAGAGUCUCAGCUGCUCCUGGACACUCCCCAUACAGCCAUCACUGUCUUGUUUCUUGUAACUCAGGUUAGGUUUUGGUCUCUCUUACUCCACUGCAAACACAUACACACACACACACACACACACACACACAAACAACAAGCCUGAAGAGAUGGGACAGGAGGAGGGAAAACCCUACAGCCAGCUUGUUGGGUUUUGAGGAGGGUUUUUUUUUUCUUCCCCUUGAAGGGGAUGUAAUUCUUUUCACUGGUACAUUUAAGGCUCCCCAUCUGUGGGGAGGUGCCAGUUCAGGACAAGUGCCACUACAACAGAGAUUGCUCAGAGAACCUGAACUUUUCAUCUGUGGAGGGUGGAAAUUUACUGUUAGCACUGCCGGUCUGUCUGCUAUUUCAGAGAAGUAUUGGGUGCUGCGAGUGGGAACCGAAGGCAUAAACUUCUUAAACCCAUGAAACCUGUGAUUGGUUGGUGUUUUCCUUUCAUUUUAAGAGAAACAUGUGUUGGGGAAUGGGGCAGAUGUCAAAAUACUUGUACAAUUUAAAAACAAGUCACAAUUAAAUGUGAGCUGGUUUCCCA